CUUGCUCAUGUUAAUCUGUGUUUGCGGCUCUCACUAAACUCAUCCCGCCAAGAGAAUCAAGCUGCUUAGCACUGCUGCUGCACUGGGUACCUCAGCCCUGCACAGCCUGUGCCAGAAGGACCACGUCUCCUUGUACCCAACCUUUGGGGUGGUUCCUCCACCCCUUUAUUAAAAUCCCAGGGAGAAAAAUAGCACAAGGACAGACUGAUAGGUCCCUGCAGCUCUCAGCACCUCAAACCAGCUCGGUUUCUGGCAUCCUUGCAGGAAGCUGCCCAUCAGUCUUCUGCCUUGCUGCUCAGGAGCUGUCUGAUAAUUGCCAUCCAGAUUUAUUCCUGGCCAGUUUAUGCUCGUUUGUUCUUUUGCCAGCACGGUUGUUCAGAUCCUGCUCCCUGCUCCUGGCCCUUCGCAGACACAGCUCGGAUCACAGUUCUGCUUUUGUCCUGCUGGACAGGCUGUCCUCGGCUGUGCUAGCAGUCAGUGAUCCUUGGCACCAGCUCCCCUUAGAGUUCAUCUUCCUGUGGCCGCGCCAGUCCAGAUGAGGUCAUGCCGGGGCUGGUACCUAACAAUUCCCGUACAAUGCGUCUCCUGUGGUGGAGCUGGCCUUUUCCACCACUGUAUCCCGCUGGAGACUUGCAGCCAGCAGCUGGCUCAGUGCUGCUCUGGGGCUGCCUCAUUCCCCAUGAUUAUGGCAAGGGUCACAGGCAAGGAGUGCAGUGAUCCUGCCCUUCGAGGGGCUCAGCCUCACCUCAUUCCUGUAGGAGCGAGUCCAGAGGAGGCCAUGAAGAUGAUCCGAGGGCUGGAGCACCUCCCAUGUGAGGAGAGGCUGAGAGAGUUGGAACCAUCCUCCAGCAUCUCCAGCAUGUCACACGUGUUCCUGGCCCGAGGACGGCUCACGUGCUGGGAUGGAGCCACUGCGGGGUCCUCGGUCAGCUCAGCCCACUCACCCCAUUCCUGCUGCCGCCGGACCAGGGCCGGCUGCCUUCCUCUGAGGCCAUCUGAAGGGGAGCUGGCAGGAGAAGAGUGGCUUUUAAGAUGACACGAACAGACCCACCUGACAUCCUGGUGUCUACGGUGUACCAAGACAUAAAGGUGGCCACCGCAGCCCCCGGGGAUUCCAUUGUCUGCCAGCCCCUGGCACGAUGUGACGCAUCCAUGUCCUCAUCCCUGCCUCGCGAGACGCAGCCCUUCAACAAGCGCCAUUGCAGGAGCUUUGACUUCCUUGAGUCGCUGGACGAGCAGCUGGGCACCCCUCCGGCCAUGGAGCGCCCCUGCCCGCGCCCCGGCACCCCCGAGCCCACACCGGGGCCACCGGGCAGGCGGGCGCCGCCAAAGCCAGACCCUUCUGCCUCCAGAACCCCCGCGCCGAGGAGCGAGCCGAAGCGACGCGCCCGCUCCAAGAGUGCUCCGCGGGUCAAGUCCACCUUCACUCCGGUGCCCAUCACCGUUGCGGCGUCACCGCCGCCAGCUCGGCGCGGGCGGGAGGUGCUGCGGGUGGCGCGGGAGCCCUCGCGCCCCGAGCCUUCGCCUCGCCGUGAGACUCAGGUUCCGCUGCGGGUGCUGGCGAACGAGGUGCACCCCAUCAAGCUGCAGCCGCAGCGCAGCAGCGUCAGCCGCAUCUCCCCGCUCUGCCUGGGCAGCAACUGCUACGAGGAGGGGCCGGGCGCCAAGGUGGGCGCCAGUCCCCACGUUAAGUGCCGGGUGGACAUCAAGCCAGACGAGGCAGUGCUGGUGCAUGCGGCGCGCAGCCUGCGGGCAGCCCAGAACCGGCAGGAACCGCCGCGCUGGCCUCGCGCGCCUGGUGCUGCCCGCAACCUGGCGGUGCCGGGGAGCAGGCAGGCAUCCAUGUCCCGCACGCCCACCCCCAGCGACUCCUACAGUGGGGACCCCCCGCUCCUGCCCUACCCUGGCGAGUACUACGAGGCGGACCCGCGGGCGCUGGCGUACCAGACGGUGCCGGUGCCAGCCUCGCGGGACUUCAGGGAGUACCCCGAGAGGGGCUGCAUGACCUUCUCGGCCCCCGGCGUCCCCGCCAAGUUCUUCUAUGCUGAGGAGCCGGUGCGGUGCCCCAGCCCUGCCAUGCCGCUCCGAAGCUCCGGCUACGCCAGCUACCCCUACCCUGCUCGCCACAGCAUCCCCCAGCACUUUUACACCGAGGACCCGGCCAAAGCCGCCGUGCACACGGUGCCACCCCGGACAUUGUACGUGGAGGAGCCGCGGGGAUACCCGGUGCAGGAGGCGCCCACCCGUGCCUUCUAUGGGGAUGAGCCCCGCUUUUACGCCACGCGCGGCACCCCUGUCAAAACCCUCUAUGCCGAGGACACCCGGACGUACCCAGCCCUCGGCUCCUCUGCCCGCGUGUUCUAUGCCGAGGACUACGGGAAGUACCGGGAGCGGGAGAUGCUGUCGCGGACGUGUCCCCCGCCCCGCAGCACCCAGCCCUUGCACUUCGGCGACUGGUACUGCCCGGAGCGCGGCGCGCUGCCCUACCAGACCUUGCAGGUUUCUCGCUUCACCCCGCAGCCGGCUGGGCGCGAGGCCAUGCUCUCCUCCUGGCACGGUGGCUAUGCCGUAACACCGCCACGGCUGGGCCGGGAGAGCCAGCACUACUCCAAAUCCUGGGAUAACAUCCUGGCGCCAGCGGCGCGCAGGGAAGAGGUCCUGCAGCGCGGGCGCAGCUAUGAGAACCUGCUCGCCCAGGAGCACCACCGUGCCUUAUCCCCGGAGGAGCGCCGGCAGCCGGUGGUGAUCAACCUGUCGAGCUCGCCCAAGCGCUACGCCGCCCUGUCCCUCUCAGAGAGCUCCAUCCUGGAGAGGGUGCACGCCGACGGUGGCCGCGGACCCCUGGGCCGCUCCUGGUACGUCACGCCAGAGAUCACCAUCACCGACAACGACAUCCGCACCGAUGGGCUGGGCAGGAGUGAGAGGCGCUCGGCCAGCUGGGAUGUGCUGGAUGGGGAGCGGGAACGCGGUCCCUACACCAUGCCCUGUGCCCCGCAGCCCGUCCCCAGGGAAAGCGGCUCAGGGCGCCAGCGCAGCCUGGAGCAGCUGGAUGAACUCAUCACCGACCUCGUCAUCGACUACAAGCCAGCACCAGGCCACCGCGCCGGAGACAGGGACAGCCUCGCCGAGCAGCUAAAGCAGCUCCUGAGCAGCAGCACCCCAGGCCCGCCCCGGCGAGGGGAAAGCAGGAGGGUCCCCCCCAGCAUGCCUGAGGGACCCCGGCCCACGAAGGAGCAGCCAGGUCCCAGCUCUCGUGGCGGUGCCCCACGUCCCCCGCCCGCCCCGCUGUCCGUCAGCCCCUUUGAGAAGUCACCAGAGAACUGCUCGCCCGACCUGAGCGCAGAGGAGGACGACAUGAUGAUGUGCUCCAACGCCAAGUGCCGCCGGACGGAGACCAUGUUCAACGCCUGUCUCUACUUCAAGUCGUGCCACAGCUGCUACACCUACUACUGCUCCCGGCACUGCCGCCGCGAGGACUGGGACACGCACAAGGAGAGCUGCGUCUACGGGCGCGUGGGCAGCGUCUGCCGCCACGUCCUGCAGUUCUGCCGGGAGAACGUUGAGGUGCACAAAGCCUUCUCGCGCAUCGCCAAGGUGGGGUACCUCUCCCGCGGCCGUGGCGUCCUCUUCCUGGGCUUCCCCAACGCUGGCUCGGCUGAGAACUUCCUCCAGUUCGGGCUGGAGAGCCUGCUGAUGUCCCCCACCUACCUGUCCCUGCGGGAGCUAGACAGCUACUCAGACAACCUGGGGGAGUACGCCCGGGAGCUGCGAGAGACAGGCAACCAGUAUGACCCCGACGAAUGUUUCCUCCUGAAUGUAACCGUGGCUGUCACCCAAAAAGUGCCGGAGAGGCCAUCGCCAAAGACACAGGUGCCAACGGUCAGGAAAUACGCCAAGGUGGCCUUAGCCUCCUCCAGCCCUGAGAAGAAGAUCCUGAAGAAGGAGCGGGACAUGGAGACGUUGAUCCUGACGCCGCCACCCGGCACGGCGGACAUCGACAAGGAGGGGGAGGAGGGCCGCAAGGCUCGGGAGGUCUGCUUCAUCAACAUCCAGCGGGAGCUGCGCAUCCGCGGUGUCUUCCUGCGGCACGAGUUCCCCGCCGUCUACGAACAGCUCUGCGAGUUCGUGGAAAGCAACAAGCGCUUCACCCCCACCACCAUCUACCCCAUCGACAAGAGGACGGGCAAACAGUUCAUGUGCAUGAUCAUGGCAGCCUCCGAGCCCCGCACCCUCGACUGGGUGGCCAGCCCCAACCUCCUGGACGAUAUCAUGUGAACGUGGGGUGGGGACCCACUGGGCCACCCCCCGUUGUAGAUAGGUGUCGCCCCAUCGGCGUGGUGGGACGGGGACCCCCUCUUGCAUGCGGCGCCGAGGGGAGAGGCCGCGAUGGGCUGCAGGCGGCCGCCGUUGGCUGGGGGAUGCUGGGCUGGGAGAUCCAUGGGGUGAUGGGAACCUGGGCCGAGGUGCUGGGAAGCCCCUGCAGACCCCGCGGAGUGAGCAGAGCUUGGCCAGGGCAAGGGCACCCCAGUCACCCCCUGUCCUCCACACACUCCCUGCCUGCCCACACACCCUGCCUGCGCCUGGGGCCAUGCCCAGCGCCCCCCAGCUGUGCCCUCAGCCCCAGGGAGCACCACGGCACCACCAGAUCCAUGCUGAGCCCCAUGGGCUCCAUAGGAGGCCUGGCAUGGUGUGAGAGUGGGAGCUGGACUGCACCCACUCCCCAGCCCCACAGCAGCUGCAACCCGAGCAUGUCACUGUACAGCCUCUGGGUGCCCCGGGGACCUUGCAGGGUGGCUCUUGGGCUCCCUGGGUGCCCUGGGGACCCUGCAAGGUGGCUCUUGGGUUCCCUGGGUGCCCCGGGGACCCUGCAAGGUGGCUCUUGGGCUCCCUGGGUGCCCCGUGGCAUCUCUGGCUGCCCCGGGGACACUGCAGGGCAGCUCUCGGGUGCCCUGGGGGGGCUCUGGGUGCCCCAGGGGUGCUGCAGGGCAGCUCUCAGGGCCCCUGGGUGCCCCAGGGAUUCUGCAGCGUAGAUCUUGGGCUCUCUGGGUGCCCCUGGGGGGGUCUCUGGGUCCCCUGGGGACACUGCAGGGUGGUUCUUGAGAUCUCUGGGUGCCCUGAUGGGGGCUCUGGGUGCCUCGGGGGCCCUGCAGGGUGGCUCUUGGGCAUCCUGGGGACCCUGCAGGUGGCUCUCGGACCGAAUGGGUGUCCCGGGGACACUGCAGGGCGGCUCUCAGGCUCCCUGGGUGCCCCUGGGGGUCUCUGGGUGCUCCGGGGACGCUGCAGGGCGGCUCUCGUGCCCCGUGGGUACCGCGGGGGGGCUCUGGGUGCCCUGGGGGGCCUGCAGGGCGGCUCUGGGGCUCCCGGCCCCGCGGGGUCCUGGACUCCAGGCCGGGGCUGCGGAUCCCGGGCUGUCACACGGGGGCAGGGCCGUGCCCGGGGAAGGCGACAGCAGCCCCGGUGACCCGGGGGACCCUGGUCGCGUUUUCGUGGGCUCGCGGGGAGAAGGACGGGGGGGGUCCCGCGGCGGCAGCGGGAGCCGCAACCCGAGCUCCCCGAAGCGAAGCCACUCGGUCCCGGCGUGGUUCACCCGGUGCCACCGCUCAGACGCAGACUCCGCCCAUUCGGUGGGCGUAGCCUCGUGUCGGGCGGUGAUGGGCUGCUGGGGGCCAGGGGGCGGGGCUAUAUCAGGGAGCUGACGCUGAUUGGCCGUUCCUGCUGAAGGGGACGGGGACUGAGGAGAGGAAACUGAUUGGCCAGUGGUGCCGGAGGCGGUGUGGCUUGGUGGGAGCUGAUUGGGUACUAG